CUACCUCUGCGCGUGUGGGGCGGUCCCCCCGGCAGAGCAAGCCGGAGCUGGCGCCGGCUGCCGGGAGCUUACGGGAGGCCGGGCGGGGCGGCGCCAGGGUCGAGCAUCACGGUCUGUAGCGCCGCGGCCUCUCUGCCUGCAGCACCACCUGGCGCGAGCCAGGAUCCGGUGAGAGAGAAGAUGUUUUCCCGGGUAAGAACCGUUGUCGCCCCUUGUACUUCGACAUGUCGUCAUUUGCACCUGAAGGAGAAAGGCAAGCCACUCAUGUUGAAUCCACGAACAAACAAGGGGAUGGCGUUUACGUUACAAGAACGACAAAUGCUUGGUCUUCAAGGACUUUUGCCUCCCAAAAUAGAGACACAAGAUAUUCAAGCCUUACGAUUCCAUAGAAACUUGAAAAAAAUGACUAGCCCUUUAGAAAAAUACAUCUAUAUAAUGGGCAUACAAGAAAGAAAUGAGAAAUUGUUUUAUAGAAUACUGCAAGAUGAUAUUGAAAGUCUGAUGCCAAUUGUAUAUACACCAACAGUUGGUCUUGCCUGCUCCCAGUAUGGACACAUUUUUAGAAGACCUAAGGGGUUGUUUAUUUCAAUCUCAGACAGAGGUCAUGUCAGAUCGAUUGUGGAUAACUGGCCAGAAAACCACGUUAAGGCUGUCGUGGUGACUGACGGGGAAAGAAUUCUGGGUCUUGGAGAUCUGGGUGUCUAUGGGAUGGGGAUCCCCGUUGGGAAGCUCUGUUUGUACACAGCAUGUGCAGGAAUACAGCCCGAGAAAUGCCUGCCUGUGUGUAUCGACGUGGGAACUGAUAACAAAGCACUAUUAAAAGAUCCCUUUUAUAUGGGCUUGUAUCAGAAACGAGAUCGUUCCCAACUAUAUGACGACCUGAUUGAUGAGUUUAUGAAGGCGAUUACUGACAGAUAUGGACGGAACACACUCAUCCAGUUUGAAGACUUUGGAAAUCAUAAUGCCUUCAGGUUCUUAAGAAAAUAUCGAGAAAAAUACUGUACUUUCAAUGAUGACAUUCAAGGGACAGCUGCAGUUGCUUUGUCGGGUCUUCUUGCGACCCAAAAAGUUAUUAAUAAACCAGUCUCAGAACACAAAAUCUUAUUUCUUGGAGCAGGAGAGGCCGCCCUUGGAAUUGCAAAUCUUAUAGUCAUGUCUAUGGUGGAAAGUGGCCUCUCAGAAGAGGAGGCACGGAGAAAGGUCUGGAUGUUCGACAAGAACGGCUUACUAGUUAAGGGGCGGGCUGCUAGCAUAGAUAGUAACCAGGAACCAUUUGCUCACUGUGUCCCAGGGAACAUACCUGGAACUUUUGAAGAUGCAGUAAAUGAACUUAAGCCUUCAGUUAUAAUUGGAGUGGCAGGUGCUGGCCGGCUUUUUACUACUGGCGUAAUCAAGGCCAUGGCCUCUAUCAAUGAAAGGCCUAUAAUAUUUGCAUUAAGUAAUCCAACAGCACAGGCUGAGUGCACAGCUGAAGAAGCAUAUACACUUACAGAGGGCAGGUGUUUGUUUGCCAGUGGCAGCCCGUUUGAGCCGGUGCAACUUCAGGAUGGACGAGUCUUCACCCCGGGGCAAGGAAACAAUGCCUAUAUUUUCCCAGGUGUGGCGUUAGCUGUUAUUCUGUGUCAGACCCGGCACAUCAGUGACAGUGUUUUCUUGGAAGCUGCAAAGGCACUGACAAGUCAGUUGACCGAUGCAGAGCUAGCCCAAGGGAGGCUGUACCCAUCACUUGCUAACAUCCAGGAAGUUUCUGUUAACAUCGCUAUUAAAGUUACAGAAUACCUGUAUGCUAAUAAAAUGGCUUUCCGAUACCCAGAGCCCGAGGACAAGGCCAAGUACGUUAAAGAAAGAAUAUGGCGGAGUGAUUAUGUGUCCCUGCUCCCGGACGUGUACGAUUGGCCAGAGUCUUCACUGAAGCCUCCUCAGAUGACCGAAUAGAAGCUGCCCCAUUAAGACAUUCCAUGCUUCAGAGAACCACUAUUUUUAGACAAAAAGAUCAUCUUCUCAGAGUUGCGGUGUCGCCUGUGCUUUAUUCCUCCACACCACUUGCUUGGCAUCUCUUUCUGUGAAUCUCUCUCUCCUUGGGGACAGAUGUGUUGACUAUACUGCUAAUGCCCACCAGUGCCCACAGUCCAGUACUGAGACCGCGUCAGUUCUAACGAUUGUCGCCAUUGUGCCCUUGUUGGAGCUGGCCACGGUCAUCUUGCUGUUACAUGAAUGUAUCCUCCACCUCCACUCAGCUCUUCCAGGGCUGUGGAUCUGGGUACAGAGUAUUGAGAAGAAGCCAAAUUUUACCUAAUUCCAAAGAAAACUUGUCAGUACUUAGAACUGUUCUUUUAUAUGUACUUCAUUUUACUUUCGUGCUC